AACAAUCUUGAUCAUGGGCAAUGCAUCUUCUUCCCCUCGGAUUCACAACAACACUGAUGAAAUACUGAAGAUUGUUUGCACGGACAAAGACGGCAGAGAAACAAGUCAGAUUGUAAGGAAAAUGGAUUCGUGGCAGCCGACGAUCCCGUACGGCAAGGUAACCAUCUCGGUCUUCAUCCUCGCCGAAGGUGUCCCGGUAGCUGGUCAGGGAGAUGCCGUCCUGAAUGCAGCAGAGUCUUGCUAUGAUUUCACUGUUCAACUUGUGAAAGGAAUGGUCAAUAUUACACAGGAUUACAGCAAUCAGUCGAGGAAAAUUGGGGAUAUUCCUCGCAUCACAAACGCAACAAAUGGAACACUGACGAUCCUCUGUACGGAUAAAGAUGGCAGAAAGACGAGUCAGAUUGUGACGUCACAGAACAUGUGGCAUCCGUCCAUCCCGUCAGGUCCUCUCACAGUAUUUGCGUCACAUCUUCGAAGUGGCUUCGACAAGGACGUAGAAGGAGCAGUCUACACCGCAACAUCUUCGGAUAAUUUUACCGUUAAACUUGUCGAAGGAAGACUCAAUAUUAAGCUUCAAUAAAGCAAGAUAGCGUUGCUUAAUUAGCCAUAAAAUUA